GCGUGACUAUGUCCCACCACUGGGGAUACAGCAAGAGCAACGGACCAGAGAACUGGCACAAGGAGUUCCCCAUUGCCAAUGGAGACCGACAGUCCCCUGUGGACAUUGACACCGGGACUGCCCAGCAUGACCCUUCCCUACAGCCUCUGCUCAUAUGUUACGAUAAGGUUGCUUCCAAGAGCAUUGUCAACAAUGGCCAUUCCUUCAACGUUGAGUUUGAUGACUCCCAGGACUUUGCAGUGCUGAAAGAGGGACCCCUCAGUGGCUCCUACAGAUUGAUCCAGUUUCACUUUCACUGGGGCUCAUCUGAUGGCCAGGGCUCUGAGCACACCGUGAACAAAAAAAAAUAUGCUGCAGAGCUUCACUUGGUUCACUGGAACACCAAAUAUGGGGAUUUUGGAAAAGCUGUGCAGCACCCAGAUGGACUGGCUGUUUUAGGUAUUUUUUUGAAGAUUGGACCUGCCUCACAAGGCCUUCAGAAAAUCACUGAAGCACUGCAUUCCAUUAAAACAAAGGGGAAACGUGCAGCCUUUGCUAACUUUGAUCCUUGCUCCCUUCUUCCUGGAAACUUGGACUACUGGACAUAUCCUGGCUCUCUGACCACUCCGCCCCUGCUGGAAUGUGUGACCUGGAUAGUGCUCAAGGAACCCAUUACUGUCAGCAGUGAGCAGAUGUCUCAUUUCCGUAAACUGAACUUCAAUUCGGAGGGGGAGGCUGAAGAACUGAUGGUGGACAACUGGCGUCCAGCUCAGCCGCUGAAGAACAGAAAGAUCAAGGCGUCCUUUAAAUAAAAUGACCCUGCAGCUGGGGUCCAAAAAGCACAAGUGUGGCUGCCUCUCUGUAGCUAAGCACAGUUCCGCCUUGGUGAUUCAGAUCCCGACUUUGCAUCUGAUAUUGUAGGCCUUUUUACCUCUCACCCAUUGUGCUUACUAAUAAAAUGUGAAAAGGAAGACCCAGGUGUCUCAUGUGGUGGUAGCAUGGUGGCAGGCUGGUGGUUGACUUAGGGCAUCCUUUCUCAGCCACAACAAUGCAAUGCAAAGAACAGAUAUGGCCUCUUGCUUCUUCACAGCCAUAGAAUAAUGAGUACUCAGGCCUGUUUAUUAAAAUGCUAUUUUUAAAACCAUAUAAGGUAGAAUGAUUGAUUACAAAUCCACAUCAUGAGACAAACUGAGGCAAUUUAGGCAAAUCAGGUAAAACAGUCAUAGUUUUAUGGUUAUUAAUUAGAUGAAUGUUCACUAUUCCAAGAUCUUAUAUUAAAGAAAAACUUUUAAAAAGCUUAUAUAUUUGUAGCAAAGUUAUUCUUAAAUAUGAAUUAUGUUGUAACUUAGUGACUUUUGAUUUCUAGAGGUGUAAAUGAAGAUGUAAAAAUUGAUAUAGUUGUGAUACAGAGUAUAUUUCCCUUCAGAUAACUUACCAUAACCUAAUGGAUAAUGUAUUUUAGAUAUAUUCUCUAAUAAAA